AUGGGCGGCCAAUCAACAUACUCUUCUUCAUCAAUUAUAUACCCUAAGUGGUUUGGGGGCUCUGCGUCCUGCAUGGCUGUGCUUGUUUCACAUCCUUUGGAUCUAAUCAAGGUCAGAAUGCAGAUGGAACCUGGUGGUGCGAAAGCUGGCACUUGCACUAGCUGCAUUCGAAUUGUUCGGGGUGAGGGUAUACUGGCAUUCUAUAAUGGGUUGAUACUUACGACACUUACCUACUCGACAGUAACUUAUGGCUCCGUCCGCAUCGGCCUCUAUGAAACAUUGAAGGACAAAGCAAAAGCGAACAACUUUCCCGCAUCACCUCCAGUUCUUGGAGUUUUAGCAGGUAUUUCUGGGUUCGUCGGCGGAAUAUUCGGAAAUGCCUCAGACAUAGGCAAUAUCCGAAUGCAGAACGACGGCUCACUGCCUCCCCAUCUUCGCCGGAACUACCGACAUGUCUUUGAUGCAUGGAGUCAAAUCAAUAGACAGGAAGGUUGGAAGGCUUUUGGGCAAGGACUGUGGCCUAAUGCUUUCCGCUGUGGUUUAAUGACCAGCUGCCAGCUUGCUUCCUAUGACAGUUUUAGGGAAUUACUAGCAAGGACUACGGGGAUUGAUGAUAAUAGCCCUGGACUGCAGGUUUCGGCUUCCUUCUUGGCAGCGCUAGUGGCUACUACGCUAUGCAGCCCGAUUGAUGUGAUCAAGACACACCUUAUGGGAUCAUCGGAGAAGCAGGGAAUCUUGGGUAUCAUCAAGGGACUGACGGCAACAGAGGGAGCUAGAUGGAUAUUUCGAGGAUGGACUCCGAGUUUUGUCAGGCUGGGACCACAGACGAUUGCAACGCUGGUACUUCUGGAACAGCACAAGCGGAUAUUCAGGGGGUUGAAGGAAACAACCCAGGCGAUCGCUUUAUAG